AUGCGCGGCACUGCGCGGCGCCCACCCUGGCUCGGCCCGCUGCUAUUGCUGCUGCUGCUGCUGCUGGCGCCCCCGGGCCGGGAGGCCGACGAAGCCCCCGGGGACUGGCCGGGCGCCCGGCGCCUGCGGGAGCAGCUGAGGACGGCCGAGGCCCUGUCCAGGCGGUACUGGGCACGCUUCAGCUGCGUGGUGUGGCCCCAGGACUGCGAGGAUGAGGAUGCGGAGGCUGCGGCGCCGCCUCGGGACUGGAGCCUUCCUCCGUGGGCCCGGAGGUCCCUGGAUAUCCUGACCACGUGGUACUGCCACUUCCACGACUGCUGCAAAGAUGGAAGGGAUUGCAGGAUCUCCAACAACUUUACAGGCUUAGAAUCAGACCUGCGUGUGCGACUGCAUGGCCAGCAUUUGGUCAGUGAGCUGGUCCUAAGAGUAGUGAGGGACUACUUAGAGAUGCCGAAGGCAGACAAGGCCCUGGCGCUGUCAUUCCAUGGCGGGUCGGGCACAGGCAAGAACUUCGUGGCCCAGCUGCUGGCCAAAAACCUGUAUCGGGAUGGGCUGAAGAGUGACUGUGUCCAGAUGUUUGUCACUGUGUUCCAUUUCCCAAACCCCAAGUAUGUGGACAUGUACAAGGAGUGGCUUCUGAGCCUGAUACGGGAGACACAGCAGAGUUGCAACCAGACCUUGUUCAUCUUCGACGAGGCAGAGAAGCUGCACCCAGGGCUGCUGGAGCUGCUUGGGCCACACCUGGAGCGCAAAGCCUCCGAGGGCCACAGGGCCGAGACUCAGAGAGCCAUCUUCCUCUUCCUCAGUAACCUUGGGGGUAAUGUCAUCACUGAGGUGGUCCUGGGUUUGCUUAAGGAUGGAUGGUCCCGGGAAGAGAUUACAAUGGAACAUUUGGGGCCUCGCCUCCAAGCUGAGAUCAUGAAGUCCACAGACAGUGGCUUUGGCCGCAGCCAUGUUGUGAAGGAAAUUGACUUCUUUAUCCCCUUCCUGCCUCUGGAGUACCAUCACGUGAGGCUGUGCGCACGGGACGCCUUCCUGAGCCAGGACCUCCUGUACACAGAAGAGGAUCUGGAUGAGCUCGCCAACAUGAUGACAUACGGUCCUGAGCAGGGACACCUCUUCUCCAGCCAGGGCUGCAAAUCUGUUUCCCAGAGAACUGCACUUCCUAAAGUUUUCGUCCACCACUAACAAGAUCCUGGAUGCGCUGGGCCCAGUUGGUAUCCAGAAACCACUGAAACCCAGCUAGUACAUAGAAGGAAGGCCUUUAAGUCAGAACAAAGGCAAUUCCUGAAAACCACUGGGUGCCUUAAAAGGCCCACAUUUCAAAAUGCGGGCCAAGAUGCCAGAGAAAGCCAAGAGGGAGGUCAGCAGAUACCAAAGGCUCCUGAGAACGCCAUGGUGUAUUCCUGGCAUGUGGCUGGACUUGGGGGUUGGGCCUUGAGGCUACAGGAUUCUUGGGCUACAAAACACAGAAGAAUGACACCCUGUGGCUGAAGGGUGGGGCGCAAACCUCAGGAUUGCAGGCUCAGGGGCUGUCAAGAGGAAAGGUGAAUAGCUCCUUUGUGACCAGAUCAGCUAGAGUGUUAGGCUAAAGGGGAAAGCGCACAGGGGAAGGUAUUUACAAAUAAGUGCCAGGUGUGGGAUGCCUAUCUGUCUGUAAACCCACCACUUGGAAGCUAAGAUAACAUGGUCAAGAGUUCAAGGCCAUUAUUGGCUACAUAGGGAUUUGGAGGCUAGCUACAUGAGACUUUAUUACAAAAAAGAAAGCUGGGGGAAGGGGUAAUGUAGUAAGCAAAGGCUUUGCAGACUGAAGACAUUUUAGUUAGGGGCCUUGACAUGAAUGACUAUCGUAUGUAAAGAUUAAAGUUUUGUAUUUUUCUAAUA